AUGGCGCAACAAUUAAAGACCUCUCUCCCUGAAACCUUUGCAGCUCUCAACGCCCAACGACCCUCGCCACCGUCAUACCUAUACCCCUCACAAGAAGAGCAAGACAAAUACCUCCGAGACAGACCCGGGGCUACACAACAGCAUCUAGAGAUCGCCCUACAGCACGCACAGCAAAUCCAAACCCAAAAGGACGCCGAAGAUGUCAUCCUAAAUAGCAUCCUGGACCUCCUCGACCUCCCCUCCAACCCAGCCGCCGACCCAGCCGCACCGUCCGACGAAGAUGCACGGAAACUGAAAAUCUCACUAGCCCCCUUCCGCCCAAGCGACUACGACAACCUAAUUCUGGAGCGCAACUACGCCGAAUUGUGCGGUUAUAGUCUAUGUCCGAAAAAGCAUAGGAAAGAAAACAGAGGCAAGGGCGGCGGGUUUCGGUUCACUUAUGGUGCGAAGGGGAGCGGGCCUGGAGGACGCGGACGCGCCGUGGAUAUUGUGCCCCAGGACAAGGUCGAGAAAUGGUGCUCGGAUGCGUGUGCUGAGCGUGCUCUUUGGCUCCGUGUGCAGCUGUCUGAAGUGCCCGUGUGGGAACGGCGGGCUGGUGAUACGCGGGGUACGAUGAUUCUUUUGCUUGAGGAGGCACGCGCUAGACGUCAGAAGGCUCCUGCGGCUACGGGCACUGUUUCUUCCGUUGCGGACGGUUUGCAGAAUCUGAAGCUUGGAGAUAGGUCUCGUGAGCUUGCGAUAGAACGCGGUGAUACCAGUGCUGUUGUUCGGAAUGGACGUGUGAACGUCCAUAUCAGGGAGAACGAGUGUGCUUCUCAGCGGGCUGUUAAUGCUCCGCAGUUGCGCCCGGAGGAUGCCAUGGGUGGCUCCAUUGAGGGGUACGUGCCUAGAGAGCAGCAAGACCGGCAGGCUCAGGAUCAAGAUGGAGACAUAGAUGUGCUCGAUCAGAUCUGA